AUGGUGCGCGGCUGGUCUCUGAUGCCGAAGCAUCUCGAGAUUGGCCCUGAGAAGGGCCUUUGGACUUCUAAAAAGAUCUAUUGUUCAUCUGGUAAAAAACUAAAGACUAAAAUACGUUGUAUUUCCUUGUUCCAGGUUAACGGGUCGUGGGGCCUGCCGGCGUUCGUGUGCGACGUGUACAUCGCGAUGGACGUCACCUCGUCCACCUCUAGCAUAUUCAACCUCGUCGCCAUAUCUGUUGAUAGGUACAUAGCAGUAACACAGCCAAUAAAAUACGCAAAACACAAGAACAACAGACGCGUCUGGUUCACCAUAGUCCUCGUCUGGCUGAUCUCCGCAGCCAUCGGGGCUCCCAUAGUCCUGGGCCUCAACGACACGCCUGAUAGGAACUUCGACGAGUGCCUCUUCAACAGCCAGAACUACGUCAUCUAUUCGUCUUUAGGGUCCUUCUAUAUCCCCUGCAUCAUGAUGAUGUUCCUUUAUUAUAAUAUUUUUAAGGCGUUAAGAAACCGAGCAAAAAAACAGAGAGCUGCCAAAAAGCCUCCCGUAUCUGGGGACCCUAACACGGGCGCCACCACAGCCGUGGUGAUAGAAAACGUGGCGCAGACCAGAAGACUGGCAGAGACUGCACUGCAUGAUGACAGACCUACUAAUACUGGGUCUGGCAGUAAUGAGGAUGAUCAUGAAGACAGUUUCGACAAGAGGUCAGCAGAUCUGGAGGCGGACGCGGAUGAUUGUCACGUCAUACCCAACGACAAGUCCACGGAGUUCAUGCUGGCUACAGUCGCCGAGGAAUCUGCCAACACUCCAAAAAGAAACAUCAAAUCCCAGCCAAUCCCGGACCCAAACGGGAACAACGACUCCGGGUACGCACCCUCAAACCUGGAAGACACAAUCAGGGAACACGUGUCUCCUCCCGGGUCGCCAGGGUUGAAGGACGCCACGGUGCUGAAGAACAUGGCCUGUGACGGCUCCAAGUGGAAGAAGAAUGGGAAGACUUCUAAGUUAUCUGUAGAUUCCAGAAACGUUUCCUUAGCCCUGCGGUCAGAAGACGAGGUCACGGCUAGUCAGUUCGACCUCCGAGACGGGUCCAGUUCCAAGAAGGAAAGGAAAGCCAGUGCAGCGACCGCCCGCUUCACGAUAUACAAGGCUAAUAAAGCAAGCAAGAAGAAACGAGAGAAGUCUUCUGCGAAGAAAGAGAGAAAGGCCACUAAGACCUUGGCGAUAGUUUUAGGUGUAUUCCUCUUCUGCUGGGCACCAUUCUUCACCUGCUCAGUCCUCGGCGCCAUCUGCGACAAGUUCGGCCUCCCCUACUCUCCCGGGGUGACCGUGUUCAUCCUGACCACGUGGCUGGGCUACAUCAACUCGUUCCUCAACCCCGUGAUCUACACCAUCUUCAACCCUGAGUUCAGGAAGGCCUUCAGGAAGAUACUCCAUUGCGGCACCUAGCCCGUCGACUAUUUGGUCGUCUUCACUCAGUAGAUCUCGUUUUGUUGCGAAGAUUUUUGUAUACGUAUUAUUAUUGUGUUUGAAAGUUGAUGCUGUAUAGAGGAGCCCAGUUUAAUGGUGAAGAAGCUGCAAGCUAAAGAUUUAUUAAAAAACUGGGCUAGUGAUGAGAAAUGGUGAAACAUUGAUACGGAGAAUAAUAAGAGACAAAUGCAGGCAAAUAAACUCAUCAAAAUGAUUGACUAAAGGCCUGUUGGUUGAGACGCUUGGAGAUACAAGAAUCCCAAGGAUACUUCAGUUUGCUCCGGCUUGUGCCAAAUGAAACGAACUUUUCUAAUAAUAUGUAUAAAGAAAUCUACAAACAAAAUGUACGUUCUCCUCAUUAUUAUUCCUGAGAGAUCUACUGGACGACCAAAUUGUACAAAGUACAAAACAAUGUUUUAACUCAAAGUGAUAAACCAAUAAAUUGAACGUUUCGUGUUAGACGUAGCAACAUAGCAUAUCAAAUGUAUUUAAAUUAACUUAUUGUAAAAAUGUAUCGGUAAUGUAUAGCUUGCUUAUAGCUCACGAUAUCCUAGUCAUCAGUAUUAUAUGCCAAAGAUAUUAGAAGCGAUAUUAAUAAUUAAGCUUUAGUUAUUUUUAAGGUUGUGAUUAUUUUAAUUUUCAAUUUAUAGUUAAUCGUUUUUUCUUCUGACUGUACCAUACUGUAAAUGUACAAUCGACAAGAAAAGUUUUAGAUUAAAUUAAAAUAUUAAUAAAAGACACUUUGUAUUUAUAACACAGUGAAGACAAAUUAGUGAAAUAAUUAUGGAAACCAAAGACAAUCUAGCUCAUUUUUCUUAUAAAUAAGUGGUAAAGUAUUAGUAUCUCUAAGUAACUUCAUUAUUUUUGAGUGGUUGAUUGCUGAACACAUUGUUUUGCUAACAAAUUAUAGUCUUUGUGCAAAAUUUUAAUAGUUUUAGGGUUUUAUUUUUAUUUUUUUUAUACGAAUUGUUAAAAUACUAUAAAACUUGAUUCUUAAAUUUUAUGCCACUCAAAAUAAAAUUGGAAAUAUGUAAAAAUUGCCAGCAAAUCUAUUAUCAAAAGAGGAAAAAUAUGUUCUUUCAUUAAAAAUGUUAAUUUAUCGAAAAAACAACCCAAGAAUACUUUCGGGGGCAAUUUUUACAUUUUUUUCAAUUAAAUAAAUUAUUUUUCUCUAGCCUUUUUCCGUCCACGCGUUUUUCCCAACUUCUCACACUUCCUAGUUAUUUAGUUUUAAUUGGUAAUUAUAAUUCAUAGUUUUAGGUAAUUAGCUGUACGGAUGACAACGUCUAUCGGACAAUGCACUGCGUGAUUUGACAAGGUAGUAUGUAAAUAACUUGCCAAAUAAUUUAUGUGAAAAUACCUAUUAGGAAGAAUUAUUACAAAAAAAGUAAUGAUUGGGCAAAAAACGUCAGUAAACCCGCUUACCCUGAAUAAUUGGACUUAAUAAAAUAAAAAUAAUUAUCAGGGUUUAAAAAAAUAUGACAAUUAUUUUUGCUCAAUCAUGACUUCUUUGCUCAAAAUAAAACACAUUUACCUAAUAUCAUAUCAAAGCUGUAUUGUAGAUGAUAACUAGCUGAUUAUGUUCUAGAAUAAAAUAUAAAGAAACAAAUCAAUGUGGCAAUCAAAGAUCUUCCAAAAAGUAUGUCAGGGCUUCAAUUCUCUUAGAAACUCUAUGAAAAUAUUUUCACUUCAUAUUAAUAUAAAAAUGUACUCUGCUGCAUAUUUUUGUCUUUUCAGUAUUAACUUGAAAAUUGCUAAACAAUUUUUUUUUUAAUUUACAUCGACAUUUGAGUAAAGUUUUUUAUAAAAAAAAUCACACAAAGACGGGGAGGGUUGGUAGUUUAAAAAUAAAAUUGUCUUUACCUAAAGUAGAAUUUCUUUCUUUAUUGAAAGCAAAAGUAAUAAGCUAUUACCGUAACUUUUUGUCUUUCCUUAUUUCGUUUUAUUAAAAUAGAAUCCGAUUUAGUUAUUUCAAUGCGUCGUAAAGUAAUUCGUAAUGCGUCGUAAAUUCGAUUAACUUACUAGAAGUUAUGAAAAUAGAAAAAUAAAAUUAGAAACGGUUUUUAUUAAAAGCAGAUAGUAACUUCUCACAUUAUGGAUUCUUAUUAAUUUGUUCUGUUUUCUGUGAUAGAAUUUUCAAACAAAAAAAAUUACGUGUACUUUAUUUUAUAUUUAUUUAGUUAUAUAGUUUAUUUUUAAAUUAAUUAUUCAGUUUUUAGACAGAUUAGGUACUGAAGUAUAUUGUCAGAAUGAUAACUGUAAAUGCUCAGAUUUAUUUAUUACCACCGGGUACCUGAACAUUAAGUUUGUUAUAAAUAAACAUUCCUAGUCAUAAACGCUUUACCAGAUACUCUUUGAAUUGUGAUGUUUUUUUUUUUAUUACAUAGAUCUCAAUUUUACAAUACAAAAUAAAGUUAUUCAUGCUAAUCUUAUUAAAAGUUUUCUUAGACUUUGUCGAAAAUGUCCUCAGACUUUAAGUCUUAGAAUAUUGAAAACAAAUAAACAAGAAACUUGUACUUAUGUACAAAUUGAUUUCUUAGUAAAUAGAAUCACGCGUUACAAAAGUCUAAAGUAAUUUUAAGUUGCUCAAGCUCUUGUCUUUCGGCUCAAGAUAAAUUUGUUUAAGCAAUAUUCAUAAAUAACGAAACAAUAAUACUAUAUGUCUGUCUAUUGUAAUCUAUUUAGAAUAAAUUGUAAAAUUGUACAUAAAAACAACAGGGUUCCUUGUAAGAAUCCGUGUAUUUAAUCGUUUUAUCAUAACGUUAAUUACAAAGUUUAAAUAAAUAAUAAUUAAUAAUAUUGUAUAAGACGUUUUGUCUAUAGACUAUCUGUAAUAUAUAUAGAAGGAUAUUUAUAAAUAAUGAAAAAAUGUUAUCCAAAGUCGGGCUUAAUAGAACGUUUUAGUACUUGCAAAGUAGACGGUA